AUGGGAUUUUUGAGUGGCGUUCUCAGUAACAUCCAAGGCCAUUUAGGGCAGCAUAAAGAUGCUAUAAACACUGCAAUUGAAGCUCUUAAGCAAUAUAAACACGCCGGUAAAAAAGGUUUUAAUGUUGCGAUUGGAAGUGUGGUCGCAGGGGUGAGAAAGUACAAUGGUUUUGUCAAGUCUUCAAAUGAGAGAGUCAGUAAGCCCGUUGUAGAAUUAUUAUCAUAUUUCACUGAAGAAUCAACCGGUAAGUUUCGUUUGGGUUUUAAUGCUAUGCAGGUUGACAAGGUUUCCGAUGACACCAAGCAAACUGACCCCGAGGUGACCAAGGCCGACAACUUAGUGACACAGUGUCUCGCAAAGGCCGAUGAAUUUAACGGCAAAUUAGACUUUAGUGUACCUAAAAAUAUAAAAACACAGAACGCAAUUAAUGAUCUUAAUCAUAAAUUACGUGAGAGAGUGCAUAGUGUUCGUGAGACAGUUAAGUACGAGACCGACAGGUUGACUGCGUUGUCCAGGAAGGAAAAGGAGAAUUACGAGGCAAUUGUGAAGAUGGUUAAUAAGCUAGCGGGUGUUCAGUCAUGCUUCAAGAGCGAGAUUACUCAGCGGGUAGAAGGACUUUUUAAGAAGCUGAAGGAAGAUGUUCAGAAAAUUAAGGAGAAGCUGGAAGCCAUCUAUAAAGAAUUGGAGCGUGGUGUCUCGGCAUUGGACACAUGGGCCUGGGAGGCGGAUGGAUUUGUUAGUGACGUGAUGAUGAAGGUUGAAAAAAUACUAGAGGAAGUCGUCAAUCCAGCAGAAAGAAAAAAAUCGAUUAAUUAUGCAGCUGAAUAUAUAAAAGGGCAGGCCAUGAGUAUGCAGGAGGCCGGAGAUGCAGCAAAAAACGCUGCUCAGGAGAAUGUUUCAACGGCGCUGACGCAGGUGAAAGCGAUGAACGACGCGCUGAAAAUGGAUUUGUAUACAGUCAAGCAAGAAAUCCAGAAAGCAAUUUUGAAGCAUGUGAAAGAGGAGAUUCAGACGCCGUAUGAAAAGUUGGAAGGGAAAGUGAAACAAGAUUUGACGACUUUGAAGGAUAAAAUUGAGAUUCAAUUGAGUCCUAUAGUGGAGACUUCCAGAAACUUCUCAGCGCAAUUGGCUGCGACAAAAAUCGCCAUUGAUAGCGCCAUGAAAAAAGUACAUGAUGACAUGGGAAAACUGCAGGAACUUAAGGAAUUUGAGAAGAUAAAAAAUAGCAAAAACAGCGGUGUUGCAGCGCCUUUGCUGAAAGCAAUAGGCGACAGCACGGAUCCUUUUACUCCUAUUACAGCUUACUUUGGCAAUCUCAACUCUAAAGUCAUUAAAAAACUGAGGAAAGCAAUGGAGGGGAUUGCGAAAGGAAUUGCCAUGCUUGGUAGUCCCAAUAAGGACAUUUCAGAUAGCGCUAUUAAGGAUCUCAAAAGUAAGCUUCAUGGACUCGAAAGCAUCGAAAGUGAAGUACCGGAAAUCAGUGCCAUUGAGCAACUCCAUGGUAUGUCUACAGAAGUUAGCGCACUUAAUCUCCAAAGCUACGCUACUUACAUGAAGAGCCUAAUAUCUAAACUAACGCCGUCGCCAAAAUCUGUAUCCAAAGCGCAUCUCCAGUCUCUUCUUAACGCCAUAUCCGCAGUAGCGGAAGCCGUCUCGAAACACAGCGAAGAGGUCCUGAAAGCGGUUAUGGAGUCCAUUAGAAGUCAAUUUAAGAAAGAAAUUAGCAGUGUUUCAAAAGUAAUAUAUGCGAAGAUUGCAAAUAUGAAAAACGGAAUAGAAUCUUUCAGUUCUGAUUUUAAUUACGCCGCUGACCAAAAAGCAGCCGGCCUAGCGAAGUUGGUUAGUGAUUUCGGAAAUGAUAUUAAUACUAAAUUGAAAACCUUGCAAACCGAUCUAGGCGAAACAAUAUUCAAGAAUCGACAUUCACAUAGUGCUCAUAAUGAUUACGAUCUUGGCAAUGAUCUUAUGUUAAACUUCAAAAGAGCGUACGAUGCACUCCAAGAGGGUGAGAUCAAUGAAGACACAUUUAAAAACAAAAUUGAAGCAAUACUGACAGCGGAGAUUGGCGGAAAUAUUCUGGCGGAAGGAGGUGCUGUAGUUAAUAAAAUAUCAGAUCUUGAGAAAAACAAAUAUCCGAAUUACACAGAACAAAUAAAUCAAGAUAGCCUUAAGCACAGCGACAUCAAAAGCAUGACAGGCGACCUUCCCAAUGCCAUCAAGCAAAUUGAAACAAAAGUCGAUGAUGCCCUAGGAUCCAUAGAAGAUCUCAAAACGCAAAUAGUAUCCCACGCAGAUGAUGUCAAAUCCAAACUCGCUGCCAUGUGCGAAAUUGUGAAUAAGGCUGCCGAAGGAAACUCAGAAAGCGCCAAAGGGAAGCUGUCGGAACUGAGAAGCAAAAUCGGUCGGAACACCCAGAAAAGCCUUGGCGAUGGUGUACUCAUGAAAAUUAAGAACGAUCUGGAAACUCUGAAAAAUAAAAAUAUACAUGAAUGCAUAUCAGCGGCAACAAACUUCAGCACCCACGCCGAACGAUUGAAAACGUCAACUAUCUCCAGUCUCCAAGAUAUAGUCGACAGUCAGCUCAAUGAUUGUAUGGCUGAGCUCACCAAGCAGGCAAACACCCAUUACGUCACAACCAUGCACUACCUAUUGGAACAAUUCGCCGACAAGGUGAGAGGGCAGUUGGAUAAAUUGCCUGAAGCAAUCGAAGAAGACUUGGCAACUGGCUUCAAAGGUUUCAUGGGAGCGUUUCAGGGACAGAAUGGUCAAGCAGCAAAUUAUGAUAAUAUCGAGAAACUGAAAGACAUUGUCGACCGUCUCUCCCAAAAGCCCACUGACUACAAGGAAAACUUCGAAAAGCUGGCCAACAAGUUCCAGUCUUUCUGGCAGCCACUCCACGACUACGUCACAGCGGAGAUCAAGAGAGUUCACGCAGCAAACAAAGAGCGAAAUAAUCCCAAGCCAUCUGGCGACGGACAACUAUACACAUCCAAGCUAGAUGUCGUUACUAACGAACUUAACAUUUUGCUAAACCAUGUUCGUAAAAACAACAGGUACGACUACCGUGUUCCCAGUAUGCUCGACAUCCUCUUAGGAGAAGCUCAAGGUCUCCACCCUGAGUCAUUUUCUGAGCCGAACACUCCGCUGCUGGAAACCAUUGCCCAUGGUUUCCAGGGUUUGGUGGGUGAGCUCGACAAGGCGUACAUCUCCGCGUACGACAGUGAGACCAUCCAAUGGACAGAAACUGCCCUUAGCACCGGUUUAACACAAAACGCUCACCGCUGCGCUAAAAUAUUCUUGACCGCUUUUUCCACAAUUUACGAUGCUGUGCAUGACUUGAGGAUAAAUUGCAAUAGUCUGAGGGGACACCAAAUUCACUCGUCCUCUGAUCUCGGCGGAUUGUUCCUACGGCACGGCUUUAAGGUGUCCGCAGAAAACAAACAGCACUGGGAGCUGCAGAACAAGAGCGUCAUAAACGGUGAAUACGUCGCGAACAGACUUAGCUUUAGGGUCGAAGGUGCGAAAGACAACGAGCAUCUUAAGGAGUGCGAAUCGAAUAAACGCAAGUCUAACGUCCUUUUUAAUCUUUUCGAUAUUCUCAAAUGCAUUCUGCAUCACGUCGACCAGUACAACGCCAUAUGUCACAUCGCUAUACUCCCCAAACCUAGAACGCCAUGUACCGUUUUCGAGAUGCUGGCGUGGCUCUCAGGGCUCACUUACACUUCCGCGUACCAGGCGCUGCUAUCAGACGGGUUCACCAACGUGCUUGAUAAUCCGGAUACGCCGCUUGCUGGCGACGGAGAGAUCAGCGUAUUCGACAUCGAGCAGUCAUACCUAGAGGCGCACCCGCAGACCAUCACGUAUAAGAGCAUACGGACGGUGUUGCAAUACCUUUGUUCGAAAUCGUACGAUUUGCUUACCACCGUUGUUGGCCACGGCGACGCGGCGACAUUCUACGCUUGCGACUAUUCGAAUAACACGCUGAAUCUGUACUACCCGAGCUCCGGCGAAGAUUGUUUGCAGAUGUUGCUUGACUUCCUCCGUAGAAUUUUGCAGCCGCUCAGGUAUUUGUUUGAACGAUGCAGUGUCGCAGACAAGAACUACGGAUGGGCCGACUGCCACUACGGCAGGGACGUACCUACGACCAAAUCGCACUGCAACAUCAAGCCAACGGACGAUGUAACGUGCCUACCAAACUGUCAACCAAAUUGCAAACCAAAUUGUCAACCAACAUCGCCAUUGAUGAACUACCUAAGUGACUCUCUACUCGGCUACCUGCCACAUAGAUUGGAGUCUGUUGGAUGCAAAUCUAAAUGCUCCACCUGCCCCUCCACAUCCAGGCUGGGAAUGCCGUGCGUCACACCGCUGGGUUUCAGGGCGUUCUCCGGGUCGACCAAAACAGGCCGUCAGCUAUGUGAGAUAAUUCGCGAAUUCUUAGGUAGUGGCGUGGUUUCAUCAUUGUUUGGCUUGUCACCAACUCCGCCGAAAACGCUGCCGGAGCAUUUCAGUUUCGGGUUAAGCUUGGUUAAUAAGUGGGUCAAAGUUGCAUCUUAUAUUACUGAUGCAGGUAUAAAACCAGUAUCACAAACUAAGAUUGAAGCAUCUAUUCAGACGCUCUCCAUUAAGCUCUGCACUGACACGGGUAAGCUUACCAAUGUACUUCGUGACGCUUAUGGCAGCAGUCAGCAUGAGCACCAAGAUCAAAAUCAUCUCGAAGUCUAUGCCGAUGUAUCUAGCCUAUGCAUGACUAGAAGUUGCACCGACAGGGAUAUGCGCUGCGCUCCAUACCUAUCCACACUGUGUUCGGACACGUAUCAAUACCUUGUUCAUAAGAACUUUGCCACGUACCUUACAUGGGCUGUCUACCUGCCGUGGGAUUUCUGGAAUCAACUGAAUAAUUUGUGUAACGCAUUCAAGAACAUUUUCUGCCAAGACUGGGGAUGCCAUACGUGUCUGCGUGCUGAGAAAUGUAAGCGUGGACAGCAUGGCCUCGUCGAGAAAGUUGAGAAUCAACCUGACAAGCCUCAUUGCAAUUGUCCAUCGAUGGUUCAGUGCAAGGGUGUAUCCGCAACACUGUACCAGUUCGGUUUCUGUUUUGGUAACGCGGCGACAUUAAAUAACGAGGCAUCGGCUAAGAAGUGUUCUGAUUUCUGCUCUCAGCUGGACAAGGUGUUGAAAUCGGAAUAUUUUGUUAAGCUGUUCAAAGAAUGUGACAUAUUCAUUUGGACUAUCAGAGAACCGUUCACCUACUUGGUUCUCGCGCUCUGGUCACUAUCCCUCUUCUACCUCAUCUGCGUCAUGGUUGGCAGACUGGAUGUGCUCCACAUCCGCUCACACCUGAGAUCACCAUCAUCGCACAGGAUAACGGCGCAGUCAUUGUUGGCUGCUGCGCAAGUCGGAAGGCUUGCCAAGAUAUCGUACCUUCAACCGUGA